UUUAAAACUUUCAAUGGACUGAACAGUGUGUGUGUGUGUGUGUUUGUGUGUGUGUGUGUGUGUGUCAGAGUGUGAAGAUGUUUGCAGCUUAUGCGCUGGUGUUCCUCUUGCUGUCUUCACUCGUCUCUCAGGCUUGCAGCGCUCCGAAGGGCAGGUUCCAGCGGCGUAACUGGACUCCUCAGGCCAUGCUGUACCUCAAAGGCACACAAGGACGUCGCUUUGUGUCGGUGGACAGAAACGAGGGCGACGUCUUUGACACGCUCCACUUAGAAACACAGAAUGAGAACACAGAGAAUCUGAGCGUCUCCAAGGCAGCCACAGUGCUCCUCAACUUCCUCCAGCAGGCCAAAGACGAAGGUUCUAGUCUUCCUUUAUGUUUUGUCCUACAUUAAUCCUAUCAUGAAGUGAAGGGACGUGAUGAUAAACGAUACUAGAACUUCUUUGUUUUU